GUCGACGUCGUUUCCGAGUUUUCCGAGUUUCCGGUCUCAGGUCUGGCAAAGUCGUCGACAACAUUGCGCGCUGCAGCCUCACGAACGAGACAUACUCAAAGUAGGUGAGAACAUCUCACAUCUCAUGAUCACCUCAGGUCCCGUUUACGACACAGAAUCACGCCCGUUGGGCAUCACCGCCCGCGUGAGCUGUGCAGUGACGUUUGGUGCCCCCAAUUCUCCCCGGAACCGCUCGUCUUCCUGCUGGCGUUGGAGUGCAUCACAGCACACCUGUGAACGCGAAGAUGGUGAGUUGCGCGCGAGUGCCAACUGACGCCCAUCUAGGCCUCCGGCCGCAACUCUGGGGGUCUGCUGCGCGCACCGCACCGCUCCACCCAUCGCUCACGCAACGAAGCGACUCCACUCGUCCCAGCUUCGGAACACCCUCCGCGCACACGGUCUGCGUUUCUGGUGCCCAAAUCUGCUCAAGGGCGCUGCCCGACCGGUGUUCCUCGCCGUUGCGUGGCGCUCGUGUGUCUUCGUCCCCACUACGCGAAGUCACCCCGUUGCUGCUCAUGCGCUGCGGCCGCCUGUCAAGCCGCGUAUAUAUGCACGCCGUCCGAAAACGGCGAGCUACAUACAACGUCCUUCCCCCUUACGCAUCCACACCCUCCCUCACCGUCCACUUCGCACUCCUUAAACCGCGACCCGUACCCGUCUCAUACCAAAAUGUUCGCCAACAUGAAGCUCGUCGCUCUCUCUCUCGUCCUCGCCACCACGAGUGUCUUCGCCCUCCCCCAAGUAGACACUGCGACUACGGAUGCUGGCGCCUCCACUGACACCGUGCUCGCGACCGACAGCGCCGUCCCGACCGACACCCUCGCCUCAACUGCUGUGACUGGCACCGCUGUGGGCACCGUGUCGGACCCGCUCGCGACUGGGACUGCAACCGCCCCCGUCUCCGGCACCGACACGCUCGCCUCCGACCCCGCGGGCUCCGCCACCAUCGGCACGGACCCCGUCUCUGGCACCGCUACCGCGUCAGUGCCCGGUGUGAGCGGCUCCUCCGCGGCGCUGCCCCUGCCCAGCUCGACCGCGUCGUUCUCGAUCCCUGCUGCUCCUUCGGGCUCUAGCGGGAGUUCCGCGACGAGCGCUGGCGCGAGCGGCAGCAGCAGUUCUGCGUCGGGCAGCCCGAACGCGGCGGGCGCGGUCCGUCCCCUUGAGCUUGGCUCGGCGGCGGCUGCGGCGGGCGUCGCUAUUGUCGGCGUGCUCGCGGGCGCGGGCCUCGUGCUCUGAGCGUGAAGCUCAUGGACGCUCUUGUGCUCUGUUUCCGAUGGACUCUAGUAGACCGUCGUCGUUACCGCUCUCCUAGCUAUCGCUACGUACUAUCACCAUGGACUCCGGCUCGGAGACUCGGAGGUGGAUGUGUGUAGGAGGAUGGAUCGUCCUGUAUGCGGCUCUUGCAGUGCGCGGAGCCGCUGUUCUUGCUUUCUAUACUUUAAUGCAUCGCAUGCGUAUUAUUGCUAUCUACCC